GCCUUAAGAGAGAUUCUUGUAUUUUUACUACAUACGGCAAGAAUAUAAAAGAGGAGCGCGAAGUGCUUGGACAUUUAAUUAAUACACUUAUUUUAAUUGGUAAGGUCUCAUGUCUUAUCCGCAGAGUAGUGUUUAUUUUAAUACUAUUAGAACGUCUGCCGCAUUCCAUUUAUUUUCCUCUACUACCGGAGCGUAACCUCCCAGACUAACGCAGUGUUUCACGAACGCUUACUUUACCUCUUACUACUUUCCCAUGUCCUCAGAUGAUGGGUACAUCCGUGAUGACUGGCCGAAAAUCCCGGAUGGCAGCAACUAUGACGGCAAGCGGCUACUUACCUUAGUUCGCAGCGGCAACAGCCCCUUCAAGAAAGUCUGGGAUGUAAAUCUUCUCAUUCAGGAGGUUGAAGACAAUAUCAAUUCCCAGGUGAUUGAUAUUCCAUUUGUUUCCAAGGGCUCGAAUAACUAUGGCUUUCACUUCAAGAUGUCCGACCAACGGGACAUCUUAGUGCGUUUAGCUCGUGGGGACGUAAACAUGCCAGCUUACGACGGCUCCCCGAUGGAUUUUCUAAUUCAAGAGAUUAAGUUCGAGGCCGCUGUUUAUACGCUCCUAGGGUCACAGCCUGAUAUCCCAACCUCCCGCCCCCUUUAUUACCGUGCUCCUGUCCAGCACAACGGUGCGAGAGUUGAUAUGCCAAGGGAUAUUAGAGGUCGUUGUUUGAUGGUCUUUGAGAGAGCAGAGGGAGAAAACAACAUCUGGGGUGAACUUGGCCCGGAUGGAAAGGCCUGCCUUCUUGCCCAAGCUGCCCGCAUCCGCGCAUCGUUGUUCAAUUUCAGUCUCCCAGCUGACUUCGCCACUGCUUGGCUUCGUCUACGCAUCUUCGAAUUUAUGCCAGAGGAGCUUCCUCUUCCCAUUGCUCCUACGCGUGAGUUCUGGAUCGCUAUAUUCACAUCUAAGAUUAAAGCAACAAUUGGCGAGGAAGGUGACAUGAUCGGGUGGGAGGACGACCACAACAUCGUUGGUCCGGUUGCCUUAAAGGCUAAGCAGUCUCUCCUGCGCUUCGUCCCACACAUGAUGCCUACAGGUAACGAUGAGGGCUCUCUGUAUCGCCUCGUUCUAGACCACGGUGACUUUGGCAUUCACAACAUGUCAAUCAUGGUGGAUAUAACUAGUCAACCGUGUGUAACAUCCUUAUAUGAUUGGGAGACUGGCUGCAUCAUACCUGCCAUCUUGUCUGAUCCGGAGAUGGCUGUGCGGGUUGAUCUGGUCACAGACGAGAAUGGCGCCCCCUCGAUUACUCGAGUACCUAAAGAUGCAACUCCAGAGCUCCGCGAUGAGUACAUGGUGUGCGCGAGUCAAUAUAUCAAGGUCCUCUAUGAACAUGCGCCAUACUUUGAACGUGCCAUUCAGGCUGGGAAAGACGCCCGCCACCUUUGGUUUGCGUUGAAACGCUGGAGGGGUAACGACCCAGAAGAGUUCUUCGGUAAGCUUGGCGCCUGGGCUGAGAGUAGAAUGAAAGAGAUUGGAGUUGAGUGAGUGUAUGCGGCAAUAGACAAGAUAAGGAGAGGAUAAGAAUAGCCCGCAAGGCCAUCAAAAAACGUGGCAGUAUCCAGACGGCACGGCAGGUAAAAGAGGGAGGAUCAACCGAUUGAAUUCUCUAAUCAGAAGGACCAGAG